GCCACAGCAGCUAGAGCUUUGUAAUCGACCAUGGAAAUCGAUUGCGAUGAACGGCAAAAACACGAAGAUGAUCCGUUUCUAGCGUUUGUAGAGUACGCGAGGUCGAUGCUAUCGCCGGAGGAGGAGGAAGAAGGAGAAGGAGACGAGGAAGGUUACGAUCGGAGCAGGCCAGGGUGGAGCUGGAUCGCGUCUCAGAUCCUCAAGACUUGUGUUGCUUACUCCAGCGGAGUAACUUAUGCUAUUUUGCUCUCCGAUGUGUCUCACGUAUGUUGCUCUUUUAGUCUCCGAUUGUGCUCCGUUUGGUUCGUCAGAAAAUGCGGAUAAGAAGCAUGGAAUGAGCAACAUAGAGCAGGUGCUCCUAAGAGAAGGCCAGAGUGUAUAAAUCAAUUGAAAAAGA